AUGGCGGAAGGGGAGGAUGGAGGUUGGUGGAGAAGCUGGCUGCAACAGAGCUACCAGAUUGUCAAAGAGAAGUCCACAGAAGCCCUGGAAUUCAUGAAACGGGACCUAACAGAAUUUAGCCAGGUGGUACAUCAUGACACAGCAUGUACCAUUGCAGCCACUGCCAGUGUGGUCAAAGAAAAGCUGACUACUGAAGGCUCAUCAGGAGCAACAGAGAAGAUGAAGAAGGGACUCUCUGACUUCCUUGGGCUGAUCUCAGAUACAUUUGCUCCUUCCCCUGACAAAACCAUUGAUUGUGAUGUCAUCACCUUGAUGGGCACACCAUCAGGAACAACUGAACUUUAUGAUAGUGCCAAGGCUCGCCUGUACAGCCUACAGUCAGACCCUGCAACAUACUGCAAUGAGCCCGAUGGGUCUCCAGAGCUGUUUGAUGCUUGGCUAGCCCAGUUCCACUUGGAGGAAAAGAAAGAAGAGAUCUCCAGUCUGCUCAUCAGCAGCCCCUCCAUCAGGGCCCUCUACACCAAGAUGGUCCCAGCAGCUGUUUCCCACUCAGAAUUCUGGCACUGCUACUUCUACAGGCUCCACCACUUAGAGCAAGAAGAGGCCCGGAGAGAUGCUCUGAAACAGAGGGCAGAACAGAGUGUCUCAGAGGAACCAGGCUGGGAGGAAGAUGAAGAGGGACCCUUGGUAACAUCUCAGCUGAAUAUGCAGUCCCAAGAAGAGGAAAAAGAUGCUGCUAUCUUGGGCCCUGCCCCAAGUGCUAAGGGUUGGGCCAACAGUCCUCAGAGUCCUUCUGAAGAGAGUUUGGGAGUUAUGGCUACACACUCCUCCAAGGUCACCCCUUCAGAAAGCAGUGAGAGUGUCUCACUUGUGACCCAGGUCGUCAAUCCUGCUUUUACUGAAGUCACAGCACUAAUGCAGCCAGCCCCUACUAAGGACCUCUCCCAAAAGCUUUUGAAAGUGACUUUGGAAGACCCUGUUCCCACAGCUGAUACAGGAGAGACGGGCCCACCACCUGUGGAACGGCCCAAGCCUUCAACCCCCACUGGUCAUCCAAGCAGCUCUGAACCCAAACCAGUGAUCAGAGUAGAGACUGUGAGAGAGGAGGGACCAACAGACUUACUGGUGUUUGGAUUGAACUCAGACAGUGGGAAGUCUACACCUUCCAACAAUGGGAAGAAAGGUGGGUCUUAG